AUGGCUAUGGUUUUAAAAAAUAAUGCGGCAUCUGAAGUGAAUGCUAAACUCUAUUUAAACGAUGAAUUGGCUGAUGUUCGUUUUGUGUUCAGCGUCAAUGGAGUGGAUCAAAAGGUUCCAGCAAAUAAAGCCUUUUUGGCCGCUCUAAGCCCGGUUUUCUUCAGCAUGUUCUACGGUACAUUGAAAGAGGGAAACGAAGUGAAAAUUGCAGAUGCCAGCGCCGAAGGAUUCAAAGAUUUCCUCCAGUUUUUCUAUCUGAGUGAUGUGACGCUAAAAAUGGAAAAUAUCGAAACUGUUGUUCGUUUGGCGGAUAAGUACGACGUUCUAGGUUAUGUCGACGCAUGUGCCAUGUUCCUUAAAAGUCAAUUGAGUGCUAACAAUUUGUGCUGGGGCUAUCAACUAGCAUUGUUUCUCAAAAAUAAAUCAUUAAUUGAAUUCUGUGAGAAGGAGAUAAUCGAAGCAUCGGAACAAAUAUUGUCCACAGAUAUGUUUCAACGGUGCAAUGAGGACACUUUGAAACGAAUCCUUGAACUGGACUUAACAUGUUGCGAAGUGAAGGUUUUUGAGGCGAGUCUGAAAUGGGCAAAAAAUGCAUGCCGCCAAAAGGGCUUGAAUGAAAAUCAAGCGGAUAAUUUGAAAAUUCAACUCGGCGACUGCUUGAAAUUUAUUCGAUUCGUGGGAAUGAAAAUGGAAGAGUUUACUACAUUGGCUGCUGCACACAAAGGACUUUUUACACCAGAAGAAUUUGAAGACAUCAUUUUCACGCUCUCGGUGAAAGGAUAUCAACCGAAAAUAUUCAAUCAGGCGCCACGAUUAAGAAUGAAUACGGCUGAUAAUUGGAAUGCAAAUAAACAAAUUCUACAAAGCAAAUUAAGAACACAACCAAAAUUCGGAGAAUUUAUUUCUAAGGGCCAAAGAAAAGGUUUCGGAUUCCAAUCAUAA